AGCGGAUAUGUAUUCAUUCUUCUUCUCUCUUCUUUCGAUGGACGUAACGAAAGCAAACGCACUAAGUAACGGUAUAGUGUUUGCUAAAACGGAAUCAGAAUGUGCUAAUUUACCUUCAUAGGUAUUAGUAUUAACGCUUGGCAGAGACCUAGAUCUUGAAGCACAGUACGUGUAGAUAUGGUUUUGAAACAAACAUUUUGCAGAGAUCGGGUUUUAGAACGCUGCUGCAUUAUUAAUACGAAACUGUCCUGGUUUUGAAACGCGAUCGCAGUUGGGACUCCUUUUAAACAAGAUUUCUAGAUCUGUGUUGAGCGAAACAUAAAUAUGCUUGGAAUCGCUUGAAAGAGAGAAGAAAACGCGCGAGGCGCAAGAAGCGGAACACAGGAGCGGCACUUUUAACAGGACGUCCGACACGCGUCUCUAGUCGCGUAACACAUCCUCUAACGUGAUCACAUAUGUAUGUACUACAUAUAUAUGUAUGUGGUUUUACAUACCGCGCAUCGGACGCGUAAAUAUAUAUGUACGUACAAUACGUAUCUAGAUAUCGUUCGUCUGUUGUGACCAAAUAGACGAGUCGGCCGACUUUCGUGUCGCGCUCUUAUUCCCGUUCGAAAGAUCGAAUGCAAAGGGACCUCGAUUUGUGAGAAAAAAUUCGAUUGGAGGACAACGAUGGAAGUGAUAUCAACGUGCGAAGUGUUACACUAAAAAACUCGAUCAGAAAAUGGUCUUCGAUUCCGUGUCCGAAGAGCAGAAGAAACAAUUCUUUAGACAGAGUUAUGCCGCUCAUUUACCUGGUUAUACCGGACACUGUCCUACCCUUAAGUUUCGAGUUGGGAAACGAUUCGGAGCGUGUACCGAAGAGAUUAUGAAGGAAUUACUUGAAAAGAAAAUCCUCAAGACAGGACCUUACAGACCCAACUCCGGGAGGAACACACGCGAGGACUCUACGAUUUCCUAUGAAAAUGAUCCUAAGCCGGAUUGGAGGAACGAAACGCAUUACAUCAAGACACCGCCAUAUAUCUUAGGAUACACUGGAUAUAUUCCUGGAUUUAACAGCACGUAUGGUUUAUCUUUUAUGAGAGCUGUGGAAGAGGGUGCCAAGCAGUGGCGUGGAAAUCAAAAUAAAUUAAGGGCUCGUAGAGACGCCUUACGAACUCAGAUCGAAAAAACUUCUUACCCCACAGUGAGACCUGACAACAUAACUCUUCAAAUCGAGCAUGAUAAAAAACGACCGACCACUUUCCAUUAUGAAAUCACUCCCGAGAGACCACCGAUCGUGGGGUACACGGGUCAUAUUCCAGGCGCAAAGGGAGAGAGCGCACUUUCAAAAAGAUACGCUCAAUCCGUGAUCAAGGGAUUGAAGUCAGUGCGAAAGGAACGCGAGCAAAGACAUAGCAGAUUAAAAGAUGCCGACGCAGUGCAGAGGGUUUUAGACGUGGCUCAUCUCGACGAGCUUGCUCGUGCAUAAUUUCCGAAACUCUAUUUUUUUAAAUCCUUAUGUCUAACGAGAUAACGCGUCGAUAAAAUGACGACAAUCUAUUUAAACGAGCGCGUUACCUAACUUAAAUAAUAUUUAUUUUUUCUCUUAAUUUACUUUUAGUUUUGCACUGUUCACGCGGUGAUUUCAAAUAAAAUUUUCUUUCUUCUUUUCCA